CGGAUUCCAAAAACAAAAAUAUAAGAGUGUAGGGUUUUCCAAGCCCUACACCCCCAUAUAUAUAUAUAUUUAUUUAUUUUUUAACGUAUUAUGUACCUGCUUGACACCUUGCAGCAGAUGUCCGAGAUGGGUCAAGAUGUGAUUGACUGGGAUGACCCGCCAAAUGAGGAAGAGCAGAAGGAGCAAGCUGAGCGGGCAAAGUUAUCUGAACGCAGAUUGAAGCGGAUUGAGGCGAGUGGGGAGGAUGCUGCUCCACCUGCUGAUGAAGGGGGUGAAGAAGGCAGUGAUGAGGCUGCUGAUCAUCGCCGUGAGCCAUGCGAAUUGAAUGCCAUUGAGAAUGGGCAAGAGGAGGACUGGAGAGGACUAACGAAGGCAGGCAUGUAUAUGGCCUCACGUUCGCAAAGACAAGUGCGCAAGAAGGCACGAUCCUUGGGAACAGCGGAGCAUAUGCGCAAGGAUAUGAAGGGAGGUGGUGGAGCAAAUCCUCGUGGUGCAGCAACAGCAGCGCAGGUUGUUCAGAAAGAAAAACGCCCAAGAGGCAGGCCACAAAAAAACAACAUGGCCCCCGAGAAUGGAGAAGCUUCAAAAUUUAACGUGGCUGCUAUAGAGGAACGGGGCACAAAAAGCCAAGCAGAUGAAGAGGAGUGCAAUGGCAGCGAGGAGUAGCACGAAGGAGAGGAGGGUGAAGACCACGGUCUUCAACGAAAGAGGCGUCGUGAUAGGGGACAAUCUGAAGAGGGCACUGAUGUCGCUACAUCUGAAUAUGGCACAAGUGACGAAGAACGCCCUAUCGGUGAUAAACGCCGAAAGGUGUG